GUGCCGGAGGCCUCCUGUAAACGUCAUAUCCUGUUUGUGCGCGUGUGAGGUUACUGUUCUGUCUGGAGGUAGAGGGCCUGUGCUGGUGGGAUAUCAGAAGCUCCAGCUAAGCAGGCGACUAAUGUUUGGAGAAAGGAACAUAAUUAUACAUGAAAAGAAAAUAACGUGCAUCUGAAUUUUACAUAUUUUCUUUACAUUCAAAAGGGCGACCAUUUAUUGUGCACUUAACCAACCUAACGUUUUGACUAACGUUAGCGAGCUAGUGCAACAACACGCCGCCGUUGUAGGAAGAAAAACAAGCUAAGCGGGCAUUGUUUUUUUUAGAAGCUGUGUGUUCAUUGGCAGAGCUCAAUACACCGGCUUCGAGGAUAAAUAGUAAAGAUCUUCAUCUUACUUUAUUCGGCCUGUAAAACAACAGCCCAAGAAGGUAUCUGCCGUGGCUAAGAUCAGGAGUAGUCGAGCAUCUGGACCAGCAUGAAUGAAAUCAGUGUGGUGAGAGAGGGCUGGCUCCAAAAGAGAGGAGAGUACAUUAAGACAUGGAGGCCUCGGUACUUCAUCCUGAAGAGCGACGGGUCAUUCAUUGGCUACAAAGAGAAGCCUGAGGUGUCCGACCACAGCUUGCCACCCCUCAACAACUUCUCUGUCGCAGAGUGCCAGCUGAUGAAGACCGAGCGGCCCAGGCCCAACACAUUUGUCAUCCGCUGCCUCCAAUGGACCACAGUGAUUGAGAGGACCUUCCACGUGGACAGUAACGAGGAGAGGGAAGAAUGGAUGCGGGUGAUCCAGGCGGUGGCAAAUGGACUAAAGACACGGGAGGAGGAGGAGCCAAUGGAUAUCAAGUUUGGUUUCCCUAGUGACAGCAGCGGCAUGGAGGAGAUGGAGGUUGCCAUUUCCAAGUCUCGUUCCAAAGUGACUAUGAGUGACUUUGACUACCUGAAGCUGCUGGGUAAGGGGACCUUUGGCAAAGUUAUUCUAGUCAAGGAGAAGGCCACAGGGAUGUACUACGCCAUGAAAAUCCUCCGCAAGGAAGUCAUAAUAGCCAAGGAUGAGGUAGCUCACACAGUCACGGAGAGCAGAGUUCUACAGAACACCAGACAUCCCUUCCUGACAACACUGAAAUAUGCUUUCCAAACACAUGACCGGCUCUGCUUUGUUAUGGAGUAUGCAAACGGAGGAGAGCUGUUUUUCCACUUAUCCCGGGACCGUGUGUUCACAGAAGACAGGGCACGCUUCUAUGGAGCAGAGAUUGUGUCAGCCCUGGAGUACUUGCACUCACGAGACGUGGUCUACAGGGAUCUCAAGCUGGAAAAUCUAAUGCUGGACAAAGACGGACACAUAAAGAUCACAGAUUUUGGACUUUGUAAAGAGGGCAUCACGGACGGUGCCACGAUGAAGACUUUCUGUGGAACUCCAGAGUACUUGGCCCCCGAGGUCCUAGAAGACAAUGACUAUGGUCGAGCCGUGGACUGGUGGGGUCUAGGUGUGGUCAUGUACGAGAUGAUGUGCGGUCGCCUGCCUUUCUACAACCAGGACCAUGAGCGAUUGUUUGAGCUCAUCCUCAUGGAAGAGAUCCGCUUCCCUAAAAACCUGGCCCCAGAGGCCAAGGCUCUGCUGGCAGGCCUGCUGAAGAAGGACCCCAAGCAGAGGCUUGGAGGCGGGCCAGACGAUGCCAAAGACGUGAUGACCCACAAAUUCUUCACCUCUAUCAACUGGCAAGACGUGGUUGAACGGAAGCUGGUUCCUCCUUUCAAGCCCCAGGUGACGUCAGAGACGGACACGCGCUACUUUGAUGAUGAGUUCACAGCACAGACCAUCACUGUAACACCGCCAGACAAGUAUGACAGCUUAGAUGCAGAAGACUCAGACCAGCGCACGCACUUCCCUCAAUUCUCUUACUCAGCCAGCAUACGGGAGUGACCCCCCCCCUCUCUCUCUCUCACACACACACACAGGCAGGCAGGUUAUCAUGCGCUCACAAAACACAAUUGCACUGCUAGGGAAUGGGAUGACACGCAUACAAAUCGCACAAGACACACUCAUUCCCUUUGUCUCUCACCCAUUCACCCACUCUCUCUCUCACACACACAUACACCCACUCUCUCUCUCACACACACACAAACACCUACAUACACACGAAUACAGGUGCUGAUAGAUCCAUGUGAAAACAUGGAUCCUAGAGCAUGACAUUUCUGAAAGCACGCAAUGAAUGACUGACCUCAGCAGGUCCUAUGUGACCAGACUGGCAGCCUCUUGUCCAUGCAGGUUUCUCUUGUCUUACCAAUGGGGCUGGCCAUAGCUUUGCCUGCAGGACCCCUGCCACACUACACUGGGCACCACGUCAAAGCAGUGAAAACACCUCACCUACCCCCUUCCCACCAAUGCAAACCUAGUUCUGGUUCUGGGCUGUUGCCAGUGCCGGUUCACAGAUGGUUCAGCUUGCGAACCGGUUUGCUUUUCCAUGGGCUAGAGAGCCACGUCAACGUCAUCAAUGUAUACGUCUCUGCUUUCCCAGCAACUAUAGCGCCAACUUAAAACACAACAACGGUGGGCUCCAUUGUUUCUUUACAAGUGUUGCUAAAACCUACAUUGACAUCGAAACCUGAGUGGUCCAACGCAUUUGUGCUGCUCGUCGCAAUUGCUAUGGUCAGCAAUUACGAUAUUUGUAUCAUAAUAUGCUGUUGCUGAAGCCAAAGUAGAAGCACAAUCAAUGUAAGUUCUUUGCUGAAGCCCUGUUUUUUUGUUAUUUUAUUUUAUUUAGUUGGUCAUGAUAAUCCUGCCCCCAUCCCCUAACGUAAGUAAAGAAGUUAAAGAGUUGGUGUCAUUCUGGAACCAGUUUUCCUGGCCGGGAUCCAGUUCUUUUGCUGUCCUAAAUGCAAAGAACCGGUUCUAGAUCGGGCACCGGCUCCGAACCGGCCCUCAAACUGCCUUGGUGGAGAAGGGGUAACCAUAAACGGGUUAAUGCCAGCAAAGAAAACACCUCACCACCAGCUGACCGCAUGCCACACCAACAAAUAUACUCAAACUGACACAAAUACAUCAGUACUCUCUUAGAAAAAACACAGUUCUGAGUAGAGAAACAAUUAUGUAGACUUACAUUGGGGAUUUUAACAAAAAAAAAAAUAAUAUUUGGGGGAUGAAAAAAUAUAUAUUUUUAACAAAAAUUUCCUUUGAUUGUUACGGUUUUAAAAGCCAUAUUUCUGCAAUUUUUACAAGUGCUCUUUCUGGAACUUGCUGUUACAAAUCGUGUUGGACUGUUCAUACAGGGAAGAUAAGGUGGGGAGAGGGAAGGGAUAAGAAAAGGUGUUAAACCUCUAGGAGGGUAGCCAUUUCUCUGCUUGCACUGUGUAUGUGAAUGAAUGUGUGUAAGAGGGUAAAUGUUUGUAUGUAGAAGUGUGCCAGAGAAUGUAUGAACAACCAUUUGAAUCUACAACAUCUUAUCAUGUCUGUUUGUACAAAUGCAUAUAUGUUUUUGAUUCCACAUAUUGGCAAAGUGGAGGAGGAGAGGACACUACACAGCAGUCUAUGAGUUUUAAAGGGAAAAGAGGGCUAAACCUGUAGCUCAAGUGACCAACUUGUUUUUUUUCCGAGGCUUAUUUCCCUAGUGGUUAUAACACUUGAGAAGGGAGGAGGAAGACUAGGAGGCUCCACUCUAUAUCAAUUACUUUAACCCCCUUCAAAUCCCUAUGUGCAUUCCCUUCGGAGGGCUAAGUGGAUUUGUCAGGUUAUAAGCAACAUGGUGGUAAUUACAAACAAUUCCAGCCAAACAGAGGGCAAACAGGCAGUAUUUAUCAUUUUGCUUAGAUUUGGGACGGGCCAAGAAGCUACCAGUUUUCUGUCUAGAGACCAGUCUAGAUGCUGCAGCUUUUAAUGUCAAAGUUCCGUAGCUGUCACUCCCUCCCAGAGCAGGAAUAUCCUAAUAGCUGUCAAAUCAUUCAAUAAUUUGUUAGCAAUUAAUUAUUCUGGGAUGUAUUGAUGAAAUGGGAUUUAUGAGCAAUUGAUUGUUUCCUGCAUUUUAAGAAUGAAAACGGUUAAAUCAUGGAUUAGUGAUUGUAAUGAUGCCCAAUUCUACUGACUGGAAAACUAACACAUAAAUUCUUCCACUAUCAUGUUUUAGGGUCCUUUUGGUAUGUAUGCUAUUUGUUCUUAAUUAUUUGCAUACAUCAUUUACAAGGUAUUUUGUGAGGAUUAUACAGGCCAAGGCCACCCUUGUACCUGAGCGUGUGAGCCCUUUCAAGUUGGCAGAUAGGGAAAUGGUUGUACAGAGACAACCAUCAUAUUCCACUGCCAAGUGUUUGGACAAAAUUCUGAAAUGCCUUCUUUUGAAUAGAUACUGCACCUAAGCAACCACCUUGCGACCACCUUAUUGUUUUUUUGUUUUUCAUUUUAUUUUUGAUUAAUUUGUUUUGCUCCCUUUUUGUCCACCUAUUCCUUAAACCUCGGAAGACUUAAAUGUCUUUUAAGUAUAUAUAUUAUAUAAAAAAUAUAUAUUAAAACAUUUCAAAACAUU